AGCUGGUCUCUCCUAAUGCAAGGCGGACGAUGACGUCACUGCCAGAGACGUCCACGGGUCGGUAUGCCUUCAACCUCAAUCAUGCAGCAUAACCCCUCGGCGAGAUACCAAAAACGGUCAUGAUAUACUUCGCGACUUACAGUGAUUUGAGCUUUCCCAGCCCGAUCAGCUCACAGAUACCACCAGGUAUACGGACUAUACCUCGCGUACCCUGCAACCAGUUGGAGCCCUUGGCGCCUCAUGGACGGGACACACGCUGACGGUGACCCGUCCGUUGAGAAACAAGCAACCAAAUUCCUAGCCGACAGUCGCUUCCACCGCAUGCUGUGGAUAGCGCCAGACAAAUGCCGGCAUCAAGCAGCGCGCGGCUCGCCGCCGUCGCGGCCCUUGCGGGUGGCCUACUCUGAUCUAGGCGACCCCGACGGGACUCCGCUGCUGGUUGUCGGCGGCCUGUUCGGCACCAGGUAUACCCUCGCGCUGGCCGACAGGCUGGCGCGAGAGCGGGGCGUGCGGCUCAUCACGCCCGACAAGCCUGGGAUAGGGGGCACGAGUGCGGUGGAGGUUGAGAUGAAGGUAUGGGCGUGGCUUGACAUUACCGAAGCGCUAGUCGAGCAGCUGAGUCUAGGGCCCGUCACAUUCCUCGGCCAUAGUUCCGGGGCAAUCUACGUCCUCAACAUCGUCCUCCACCUCCGCCACCUCCUGCACCCUCAGCGGCCCUAUGUGGCGCUUGUCGCGCCAUGGGUUCACCCCUCCCACAGUCAUGCCGUGCAAGCGACCAUAGCCUCGGCGCUCCCCGACUGGGCCAUCCAGCGGUUUUAUGACACGACGAACCUGCUGACCCGCACGGGGGUGUCGGCUCGGCUGGGUCCCAGCACGGCGCGUCCCGGGGUGGAUAUGAAGGACACGGACCCGCUCAUCAAGGCGAUCGACGAGAAGGUGCUCCGCUACGCCCUGGAUGAGAAUAUCGAGGGUGUCAGUCAAGAGGCAUUGUUCUGUUUGAAACGCGGGUCGAAGCAGAUCUGGGGAGACUGGGAGGAUUAUGAUGAGUUUCUGAGGUUGUUGAGGAAGAGUGAGGCUACUAAUAGGCAGAUAGAAAGCGGGAAGUUGAUGGUGGAUGUUUACUUUGCGGAAGCGGAUAACACUGCCGGGGAGCAUGGCUCCGAGUGGUUUGACGAGUGCUGGAAGAACGAGGCUACGGACAGUUGGAUGUAUCGGAGUUGUACGGCACCCGGUUCAACACAUGAGACAAUUAUGAGGCCUGAGGUUGGAGUUCUUGAGGAUGUUUUCCAAACGUUGACUUCUGAAUAGGUCCGGGUGCUACUGAUAUUAGUGAAGCGAGCACCACACUGUAUACCCGGACACUCUACAUAGAAUCAUAGCAAACUUGCAGUGUGA